AUGCCACGUAAGCUACGUAAGAAUAUACGUAAGAGGAAGGGAGCAUUGAAACAUCCAAUAGUAAAACUGACACCACAACAACAGUUGCAACAACAAAUGAUGAAUGACCCCACUAUGUUGCAACAAAUGUCAAGCAACCCUAUGCUUUUAAGCCGAGUUAUUGGUGCACAGAGUGGAGGUUUAAGAGCGGCACUUUUAGCGAAAAUGGCAGGCUAUGGUGGAGCUGCAGACGGAACAGCUUAUAACCCUCAAAGUCAAAUGAAUUUGAGUUCACUCAAAAAUCAAAUAACAGAUGUCAAAAAGUCAAACAUAGACAUACAGAAACAAAUAAGUGAAAACGAAAAGAAGUUAGUAUGGCUAAGUCGUGUACUGAGGCACUGCGCGCCUCCGUACACCACUUAA